CGUGGAGGUUACAUCGGAGGUGUCACGCUCCAUGGAGACAAACUUGAUGGCACCGGUGAAUCAUCAGAAGAGACGGAACCAGAACAUGUGACACUCCUGCUGUUUUCCUGCCCAGGUCAUGUAUUAGAUUAUUGGCGAUCCGCUAAUUAGCCAACAGAACCCUGACCUUCAAUAUCUUCACUUGAGUUGCAGCUACCUUUCUUCUGUAUAUUUUUUAAGUCUAUUAAUUUAUUUUGGCUAGCCCACAUCCUUCUGUUUUCUGCAGUACUUUUACAAUCGCUGUCCUCCAUUUUUGCACCCACACCCUCACCAUAGCAACCAACGGUGCAUGGAUGUCAAGGAGGGGAAAUGAGGACAGGCGAGAUGAGGAGAAAGAGACACGGGAUGGAAGAAGUUGUCUGAUUCGGGCAAAAAUAAUGACUUUGAGAGAUUUUGUGCAGGGUUUAGUGUGCCUUUCGCCCAGAGUCAGCUGGGAUACACUUGAGCUCAACCGCAACACUGAAGAGAGUAAGCGGUAUACAAAAUGGAUGGAGGGUUAAGUUUAACCCCAUUCCCACUGAACUCUCAAGAGGCUGAUAUGUCACUCUACUGACUGUAUUGGAGCAAAUUGGCGCCACAUUUUGCGAGUAAAGCGCGACAAACUUUCUGUGCAAAAUGAGUGAAGCAGCAUGCAGUCCCAGGAGAGGCGCUAAGUGGAUCCGCCAACCCCCGAGGGUGCACUGUGAUGAUGUUGAAGGAGAUGAUGAUGACCUUGUGACUGGAGCGGCUGGCACACUACCACUGGAGAUGAUGUCCAGCCCCAUACAUGCCAAUGUGCUUGAGUCUAAUAACUUUGAAGUUGAGAAUCACAUCAAAGACCAGCCAGCAUUCUUCUGUCACUCCGAUAUGUCCCAUGGUGACAGUUUGGAUGAAGAGCUCACUGUCGAGCAAACCAAGGAUUUAGGGAUUGUCGAAGCCAAUACUGCUGACCUGGACAAUGAUUUCACUAAAACAGCAACAGAAACUCCAUCGUCUUCGUCAUCCUCACCAGAGUCAGUUUGGGACACAGACUUCCACAAAAAGCACGUGACGGCAAUAAGCAGUGACAAAUUCGACAGCCUCUUGAAAAUGACUCCGGAUUUCCACGGCUGCAAGAGCCACAUGGCAGCGUUUGUCCUCGUGAGAGAAGUGACGGACACAUCGGGACGUGCAUGCGAUCGCUACCAGGUGGUGGCAUUAGGAGCCGGCCGCUUCAGCUGCACAAGUUGGCUUUGCUUCAACGGGACCAUGCUGCACGACUGUCACGCCAUGGUUAUUGCCAAGCGGGCACUCCAGAGGUUCCUCUACAAACAGCUUCUGCUCUUCUUUGACACCGACCUUCAGGCCAAGGAGGCGUGCAUAUACGAGAGGAGCGCAGCCGGGCCGCAGCUUCAGCUCAAAGCCAAGACCAGCCUGCACCUCUAUACCAAUCAGUGUCCUGAAGGAUGCGCCAAGAACUUCAACUUGAGGGGCUACACCCACAACACUUUGACCUUUGUGAAGCUGCAGUAUCACGCCAAGAGUUUGCUGGUGCCUGCCGCCCACCUCGACCCGAGCCACUGGGCGGCCAAAGUGUGCUGCAUGUCGGGCAGCGACAAACUGUAUCUGUGGACCUUGGUGGGCGUGCAGGGCGCUCUGCUGACUCACUUCAUCCAGCCGCUCUACAUCACAAGCAUGGUGCUCGGAGGCGAGAAGCUGUAUGCUCGCCACUUGUCGGAUAUCGCCAACGAGUGUCUGGGCGAGGGCUGGGAGGAAAUAUUGCCGCCGUUCUACAAGAAAUAUGACACAGUCUUUCUGUGCUGCGAAGACAUUGAGGCCAUCCAGGUGUCACCGGAGCACGACGUCCUCAGCAUCAACUGGUGCCUCGGAGACAAAGACAUCGAAGUAGUGGACAGCAGCAAAGGCUUCAUCGACCACAGUUCUCCCUGGAUGACCGGGCCCGGCUUCUCCAGCAGGCUGUGCAAGAGAGCGCUCUACAGUUGCUUCCAUCGAGCGGCUCAACUGGGCGGAGACCGCUACUUGCUGGAACUGCCCACCUAUCACAGCGUUAAGGUGGAAGCGGGCGUCUACCAGACCGUCAAGGAGCUGGUCAAGCAGCACUUCCUCAGCAUCCACGCCGGUCCGUGGAACGCCAAAAAACUGGUGGACUCCUUUAGUGUCUGAACGGUUUCUCCUUCACAUUUAGUUUGUUCUCUGCAGUUAGUCAUUCAAGUUCGGUUUUGUUUGGGAAAAAAAUAAUCCGAAUUGUAUUUUUUUUAUUUAUUCUUAAAUUAACAGUCUUAUGGUUAACACGGCACUCAUGCAGUGCAUUGUAUGUGGUUAUAGUUUGGGAGAAAAUGGUUAAACAUCCAUAUAAAAGUGUUGUGACAACAUACAAUUCAUCGUGUUGCACUUUAUUCAAAUCUUCAAAUCUACUUAAGUAUGUUUUUAUGUAUUAUACAGUCCUUUAGUGGCCAGAGUGCAUACACCAGAAGGAGCGGCACAACGUCCAUUGAACUACAAAUAUAAAGUACAAUACUGUAGCGUGCCAUUUUCUCCAUCAAAAACAGGUUACAAUUUGGGAGGAAACAGGGAUGGAUUAAUGGCAUUUUCAUUCAUUUUAAUGACAAAUGAUGAUUGUAGAUGAGUGUGGUCACAGUAUUAAACGAGUCAAGGUACCACUGUGUUGGAAAAAUCUAAUUGCACACUUAACACAC